CCUUUAAGAAAGCAACGGCAGCCGUCGACGAUAUUUCCUGCUGUGGCUUUGUGAGCUGCUGCGCUACAGUAACACGAGUGAAGCUCAGAGGCUGGACUGACAUCUACGUCCACCUCAAACCGAGUCCAGGCUGCUGGCACAUCACACGGCCUUUCCACGGAGAGCACGGGACAGCGGCGGAGCUCAGAGAGGCACAGCGGCGCGCGAGACACCAGCUUUGGACGUUUAAGAUAUUUUUUUUUAUUCAUAUUUUUUGGUCAGUUCCAGCAGGUGCACUCGAAGGAUCCAUCCGAGGCAGUGCCCGUGUUAAUUAAUGAAACUUUGCUCCGAUUCCCGGGCUGGGGUUACCAUACACCAUGUUAAGGUAAAGCCUAAGCUUGGUGUGUUGAACAUGCUAAAGAAGCUGGACAAAAUAAGAUUCCGAGGUCCAAAGCGUGAUGAGUUCUUGGAUCUUGCUGAGUCCCCCACCGCCUCAGAUAAUGAAGGCAGCGAGGAUAUUCUGGUGAAGCCUCGACCUUCACUACGAGACCCAGAGGAACUGAGAGACCCUGCUGGAUCAGGGUCUCUAAACAUGGCCACCAUGCAGGACCUGAGGAGUGACUCUGAACGUCUCAAUGAAGUCAAAGGUCAUCUUGAAAUAGCCUUAUUGGAGAAGCACUUCCUGCAGGAGGAGUUGAGGAAGCUACGGGAGGAGACCAAUGUGGACACGCUGAAGCAGGAGUUGGAGAAAGAGCGGGGUAGGAGGUUGGACCUGGAGCAGAAGAUGAGUGAAGUGCUAAAAUCCAGAUUAGAAGACUCACCUCCGCAGCCUUCUCGUAAACAGCAGUCCCCUUCGGCCAAUGGUGCAGAGAAGCAGCAGAAGGAGACGCUGUGCUCUCGGCUGCAGAAGUGGCUGUAUGAUCGCUUCGGCGUUUACAUUGAGGACUUUCACUUCCAGCCUGAGGAGAACACAGUAGAGCCGGAGGAACCGCUCAGUGCUAAAAGGUUAACAGAAAACAUGAGACGACUUAAACGUUGCGCCAGACCUAUAACUAACUUUCUGAGGAACCUGUCCGCCUUAUCAAACUGGCACUCAGUCUACACGUCAGCAAUUGCCUUUAUUGUCUACAUGAAUGCUGCAUGGCAUGGCUGGGCCAUCCCAAUGUUUUUAUUUUUAGCCAUUCUAAGGUUAUCCUUGAAUUACCUCAUUGCAAGAGGAUGGAGGAUUCAGUGGAGUAUUGUGCCUGAAGUUUCUGAACCUUUGGAACCUCCAAAGGAAGACCUGACUGUGUCUGAAAAGUUUCAGUUAGUUCUUGAUGUUGCACAAAAAGCACAGAAUCUUUUUGGAAAGAUGGCAGAUGUUUUGGAGAAAAUCAAAAAUCUGUUCAUGUGGGUGCAGCCAGAGAUAACCCAGAAGCUGUACAUUGGUCUGUGGGUGGCCUUCAUCUCAUCCUGUGUCCUGCCAUACAAGCUCAUGGGCUUGAUUAUUGGGCUAUAUGCGGGCAUCAAAUUCUUCAUCAUUGACUUCCUCUUUAAGAGCUGCCCAAAGCUGAGGGACAAAUAUGACACUCCAUACAUUGUCUGGAACAACCUUCCCACAGAUCCUCAGCUGAAAGAGCGCAGCAAUGCCACGGUGUCCAGACGGCUGUCUGGGUGUGAGAAGAUUCAGCCGGUAGUGUCACGGAGUAGCUUAGCAACCAUCCCUUCCGGAGUGAGCAGAGAGGACGAUAGUGGACGAGCACACAACACCAAAAAAGGAGCUUUCCAUGAGAUCUUCAACCUGCCUGAAACAGAAAGACCUCUGCCAGUGUGUGAGAAUGGAUGGAGAUGCUGCUUGAUAAAUCGGGACCGGAAGAUGCCGACUGAUUACAUUCGCAAUGGCGUACUCUAUGUUACUGAGAACUACUUGUGUUUUGAAAGCUCCAGUUCCAGAUCAGGCUCAUCCAAAAAGAAUAAAGUCAUUAAACUGGUGGACAUCACAGAUGUUCAGAAGUACAAAGUUUUGUCCGUUUUACCUGGCUCUGGGAUGGGAAUCUCCAUUGCCACACCCUCAACACAGAAGCCCCUGGUAUUUGGUGCUAUGAUCCACAGAGAUGAGGCCUUCGAGGCAAUCUUCACACAGUACAUGAAGAUCGUGACCACAGGCCCUGAGACCUAGCCCACCGCUCAACCCCACUAAGAGGCCAUCACAACGCCUCUUUUCUCUCUUCUCUUUCUCUCCUGGCUCACCUGGGGCAGGCUGAAAUCAGGGGCAUGGCCUAACGCACUCUCCUUCUCUCAUUCACAUUGGUUAACUGUGGCUAGGUGAUGUCUUCUGAAUGUCAGGAGCCUUGCACCAGUGAGCAGAAACAGAGGUGUGUUCACAUUCCUGUAGGGCAGGCCGCUAUUCAUUUUUAACACUGACGGCUCAUCACAGAAAAGGGCUUGGGGAGCUGGAUCUCCUCACCCCCUGGCUACUGAAGAGUAGUGUAUAGAGCUGCAUAUAGACGAUGUGGGUUUUGAACCUGUUUUAGCUACCUUUUUCUGGGUUCUAAUUAUGUCUGUCUGUCCAGGCUGGGCUUGCACUGGGUCAUCUGGGGCGCUUCUGUUGGGGGUGGUGGGAUGUCAAAGCUGCAAACACAUAUUAACUGAUAAAGUAAAGCCUUUUUACAUUAGUUUACAUUGUUGCAGUGCAUACAUGCACACAUGCACAUAUAGACAAACGGUUGUAUGCCAGCGUUUGGGCACCCUGGUCAAAUGACAUAUUUUGUUGAUUUUCUAAGUGAAAAUAAGUUAACACGUUAUUUUAUAAAUUAAUGAGUUAAUAAAUUAAAGAAGUUAAUCCUCUACUGAGAAGGCACUUCUGCACAUGUUAAUGCACAAUUAUUGCUUAAUUUAACAUAUUGGUGGGAAGAAAAAAUAUGAAAUUGUCACUGAGAAAAUCGGUCAACAUGUAAUUUGGACCAGGGGUGUUUAAUCUUAUGCAUACAACUGUACAUGCACGCACACACAUGCACAAAAAUACACAAACACAUUUAUUCCCACAUUUGACCAACAGUGUGCUUCUAAAUGUCUUCUUUUGCAUCAGAAUUUGAUCACUCCUGCUAUAUAAGCUGUGUUGUUGGGGAAGCGCUGUAGCUUCAAUGUGAAAUCUUCUCUAUGCCUUUUUUUUGAAUUGUCUAUAUUUCUGUAACAGCCAAUAGAAUGAUUUAUAUUUGAUUGAAUGACUGACUGAUCAGCUCAUCAGUCAGUUGAUUGUUGGGGAUUUUUGCACUAGUUGAAUCUGUUCUAAAGAAGCUUUUUAAGCUAACAUCACAAACCUAGGUUUUAGAACCGUUUUAGUGUAGGUUUAUGGGGGAAAUUCAAAUAAAAUUUAAAUAAAAUCUUUGAGUGGUUUGAUGUGAUAUGUAGGGAAAUGUACCAACUCUGAUUUCCUUGGUGUGGUGGUGAUUGGAACCAGCGGUCAUGAUGUCUACAACUCAAAUGUAGACACUGUAUUUAAUGUCCAAAAUAAGAAGUGAUCCUACACAUGUUUAUAUUUUAUAUACAGGGAUGCCAUAUGGGGUGGGGGGGGGGGGUUAGGACACUCUAAGAGCCUAAGAAAUUAUUUUUUUCAAUAUUAAGUUAUUCAUGUAUCAUUACUAAUAGAAUAUUUAAUUCACUGUGCACACAUAAAAAAAUACCAUUUACGUGAAAUGGUUUGGUCCAAAACAUUACAUUACUGGCUAGCAAUUAAUUGUGAGUGAGCAAUGGAGUGUCAUGUCUCAGCUUCCUGAAGAAAAAUCUGGCUUCUAAAAACAUAAACCUCAUACCCCUACCAAUGAACCAGCCCUGUCUCCCAUCCCCAUUCCCCUACCAAUGAACCAGCCCCAUCUCCCAUCCCCAUUCCCUACCAUUGAACCAGCCCUGUCUCACAUCCCCAUUCCCUACCAAUGAACCAGCCCCAUCUCCCAUCCCCAUACCCCUACCAAUGAACCAGCCCUGUCUCCCCAUCCCCGUUCCCUACCAAUGAACCAACCCUGUCUCCCCAUCCCCAUUCCCUACCAAUGAACCAACCCUGUCUCCUCAUCCCUGUUCCCUACCAGUGAACCAGCUCUGUCUCCCUAUCCCCAAUCCCAACCAAUGAACCAACCCUGUCUCCUCAUCCCCAUUCCCUACCAGUGAACCAGCUCUGUCUCCCUAUCCCCAAUCCCAACCAAUGAACCAACCCUGUCUCCUCAUCCCCAUUCCCUACCAGUGAACCAGCUCUGUCUCCCUAUCCCCAAUCCCAACCAAUGAACCAACCCUGUCUCCUCAUCCCCAUUCCCUACCAGUGAACCAGCCCUUUGUCCUUAUCCCCAAAGAUGCAGCGUUAUUUUGCCACAGUCAGUUUUCGGAUAUAGCUUAGUGUUUUACAAAUGUUUGUGUGGUAUCAUGUUUCAUUUUUGUAAUAGAUACACAGAUGCCAACAUAUUUUAUUUGCGAUAUUAGGUUAGUGAAUGUCCAUUUUACAACUAACUUUGAAGCCUCAGGCUAUUGUUUAAAAUAGCCAAGUAGUUGUCAACUAAGUAGCCAAGCUAAUGCAAAGUUUUUAUGCUGCUGUUGCCUCCACAUUGCUGUGGCCUAUGAUGGAGGGCCUAAUGUGAUGUUUUUUCAUAGGGCCCAAAAUUUAAAAACCCUGAAAUAACAUGAAAUUAGUACAGAAAUAACUUUUCUUUGGGUACUUUGUUGCUUUAAAGUGUAUAAAAACUAGCAUAAAAUAGUGUCUCAGGCAUCAAGCAGUAUGCUCAUCACCAUUUUGUCUACCUUUCUGUGAGGCAACAUUUAGAAGUGUUAAACAUUUCAGAUGUCUGGUUCCUUUCGCCACCACUGUGAACAGUUCUGUUUUUUUCAGAAUGGCGAAUUUCAUAUCAAACCACUCUGAAUGGCUUUGUUAACAUCUUAACCAUUUAAUUAUGCAGACAUUUUUAAUUAAUUAUACAGAAAUUCCCCUUUAGGGGUACAGUCAGAUUGCACUGCCUUCUAUGAGAUUUCUUUGUUUGCAUAUAUCUUGAUUGAAGUAUAAUUUAGACUAAUAGAACAUGUAUGAUGUACCAUGUAAGUACAAAGAGUAUUAAAUACAAAGUUGGAAGUAGACCUAAGAUCGAAAAAUCUGCAAAUCUGCCCAAAGCUUUGUGUAAUAUGAGAAAUCUAAUCUGAAAUUUCAGCUAAUUCUCUAUUUGCCAGAUUGCCAGUUGUACAAAAAAGUAUUUUGAAGCCCUUAGACACCUGAAACUAUGUUUUCAGCAUUUAAACCAAGAAUAAGUAACCAGGUGAAAUGAGCGUAGAUCUGAGCAUCUGUAUAUUCAAUCUCUAGAGAGGCAUUCAUACUGUUAGCAGCAACACACAUUGAAGCUGAAUAUUGCUUGACCUGCUUUAUAUAUUGGCACUAUGAGAUGCUGCAGACUACUAUAAUGUGUCGCGUACGUGUCAGAGCUUUUCUUACUUUCUUCUUACUGUUCUUACUGGAUCUAUCUGACUUUACUUUUACAGUGUGGUUAUUCAUGCUUGUGAAAGAGUGAAUCUUUCUGUCGUGUAUAAGCAUUUUUGUUUUCAUGUCUUGUUCUCGUCAGUACAGCAGACCGAAAGCUGGUCUUUUGGUAUGGAUAAUUGUAAAACGGUAUAACUACUAAAUCCAUCUGGUCUUAAACUGUUUUUAUUAUUAUUAUUUGUUUUUUACUUUACUGCUUGAGUAAUAAAGUGCUAACAGCUGUUGUAGGGGAUAUAUGUGGGGUCUUUUAGGGCCAUAACCAUCUUUGAAAUGGGCAAGCUCCUUUUUAGAUCACUCUGGACUUGCAUUUGUACACCUCCACCAUAGUGAGUGUUCUCUCCCCAGUACAUUUCAGCCGAGGUGUAAAUCUUUAUCCUCGCAACAGUUCAGUCUAAUUCUAUGCAUCGUGAAAUUCUUAUAUAAUUUUUAUCAUAGUCUGAUGUAAUUUGAACAUGUUGGUAUAAUUAUGUCUGAAGUUACACUGCCUAUACAAAUGAGUCUGGAGGAGCUAUUUACAUCAUAGUAGAAUAUAAAAUAUAACUUAAUACACAAAAUUUUUAAGGAUUUUUUGCAUUUGAAAAUUGCUUGAGAAUAUUAGGCCAAAAAAUAGCACUUCAUUGAACAUUAUUGUAGCUGAUUAUAAUCCCUUAUUACAUCCUACUGUGGAAGCAGUUUAGUUAGUAAUGGCGACAAGGCUCAUGCUAAGUAUGGAAAUGGGGGGCUUAAUGUCCAGUGUACCCUGUCCAUGUUGUUGCCCAAAGUCUUGAUUGCUUUUUGGGUGUGUAAAAAUGCUAUUAACUUGAUUUAAAUGUUGAUUCAAAUAUCAGAUGAGAAAAUGAUAGAUGGCCCUACUCUCUUAAAAAUAAAGGUUCCUAAAGGGUUCUUGGCUUGUAUGUAGUAAUCUAGUGAAGCCUUCAAUAGGUAUAGAGUCUAAUGUGAAGUGGGGCAGUUUAUAAACGUGGUUCCCUAUAAUGAUGUCCUAUUUGGGCCCCUUUACAAGAGUAAAAAAUGUUUUAUGAGGUAGGUAAAGAAAAUAAAGCAAUACGUACCCCUAACGCUGAUGGCUUGGCAGCUAUAAAAGACUGCUAAUAGCAUUUAUAGGAAGCAACAGCCCUGAUGAGGAGGUCCUUGGUUCUUUGGGAACCAAACGUUCUUUUAUGGUAUCCCGUCAGAGAACACCUAUCUGGGACCUUUAUUUUUAAGUGUACUGUAAGAAAUGUGACGAUGACCCUAAUGUAAAGAUAUUCCAAAGAUGAAAAUGUUACGUGUCAUUCUAAAUGAUAUAUAGUUUUAAACGUCUCCAUCUAUCCAGCCUGCUGCCAUGGCUGUUUUCAAUCAAAUCCUGUGGACCCCUCUGCACGGUGUACAGAGAAUACUCCAGUGAAGCUCUUGAGGCGUAGUCCGAUUUCUGGUUGGGGCAUUCAAAGUGUGUCCUUCAGCUGCACUAAAGAAGCACAGAAUGUAUUGUGUGACCACUAGAUUUGCCAAAUGUUCUCUUUCUUUCUUUUCCAUCAGCCAUGGUCUGUCUAAAACUGUGAUGUUUACAGAAAGGCUUGGUUUCAGUCCACACACUGCACCAGUCUGAACCCAUAGGGUUAUUUCCCAAGGUUAUGAAGACUGGGGGGGGGGAACUAUCAGUGUGACUUGCUGUCAUUUUCCAAAGGCAACUUUGAGAACUCACAUAACAAUAUAUGCCAACAUCCACCUUCUAGUAUCAGAGACAAACCUCUUAUAAAUCUCAUUAUUCAGAACUCUCGAUCAGUACUGAAACACCAGACAGUGUAAUUUUACCAUCUAUAACUGUAUUUUCAGUUUAAAAGCAAUACAUUUGCUUCUCUGAAGCUGUGUUCUCUAGCGCUAGCUCUUUAUGGACAGGCAUCAAUUGUUAUCGUGUCUCUUCAAGUGUCUGCUGAACUAAUGUAAUAUAUGUGUGGCUUAUAGAUGUUAACUGAUGUGUUUGUUCUAAUUGUGUGUAAAUGUUGACUUCUAUUUUUCGUAAUGUUCUCACAGUGCACUGAAGCAAAAGGUGACAUUUAUAUUUGACAGAAGUGUGAAUUUUUAUUAUUAUUAUUAUUAUUAUUAUUAUUAUUAUUAUUAUGCCAUCUAUGUCACCUGUGUAUGAAGAUACAUGACAGAAAUUGAGUUUAUAUUCAGUACAAUGCUGUAAUAUUAGAGCCACAGUUCUGUUUUUGAAUAGAACAGUGUCUAUUGUAAAAUCAUAAUGUGAUGUACAUUUUUUAAUUGGAGUAAAUUAGAUUUAAAGUA